CGUUCACGUCGGCUUCUCUCUCUACCCCACAAGCUCCAAAGGCGACGUGGAGACUUACGAUCAUCUAUCAACCCAGGAACGACCAGGCUUUACGUAUGUAAGAGCCAAGACUCCUCGUCGAGACGAUGCUGGAAACUUUUUCGCACUAAUAGCCGGGAUUUCCACUAUGCCACAAGAAGAAGUUGCUAUUCACUAUUCGGUUGCUGCAGGAAGCGACGCUAGUGAACAACGGGAACGUAGACAUGAGGUUUUUAAAGAAGAUUUAAUACGGGUAAUCGAGAGUUAUCUUCCGGCAGGUGAGGAAGCGGAAUUCGUUACUUUGGAGGGCGAGGUGAGAUUCGAGCAAAGGGAUGGGCGACAUGUAUGGUUUGGAGUUCUCGAGGUGGAUGUGAAGUACUCUAGUCUCGUUGGUGAUACGAGGCCGGCGCCUGGAAGUGGAAGAUAGGUAUGGAAGUUAUUGGAGCCAUUGCUAAUUCAAGAUGCGCCUCACAACGGAGAUCUAUG